GCUACAGUGCCCGCCGCUGGGCGGGGCCGCCCCUCGCCGAGAGCGCCAGCCCGCCAGGUCCCCGUGCGUGCGGGCGACACAGCCUCUGCAGGUAAAUGGAAGAGCUGGAGACCAGUUUAUUCCAGACACGGAAAGCACACAGAAUAGAACAAAUGGUGGCAAGAUGGCUUCGGCGCUCCCGGGACAGCUCAGCUGGGACUAAAGUAGCUGCAGCUGAUGGGCCCCCCAGGAUCCCAACCCAGACCCUCACCCCUGUGAGGCACACGGUAAAGAUAGACAAGGAUGCCCUCCUCCAGGACUAUGGAUUUCACAUUUCUGAGAGCCUUCCCCUCACAGUGGUGGCUGUCACAGCAGGAGGCUCUGCUUAUGGCAAACUUUUUCCUGGUGAUCAGAUCCUCCAAAUGAACAAUGAGCCUGUCGAAGACCUUUCCUGUGAACGAGCAGUCGAUAUUCUGAGGGAAGCUGAAGAUUCUCUUUCAAUCACAGUUGUUCGCUGCACAUCGGGAGUCCCUAAAUCAUCCUUUCUGACUGAGGAGAAGAGAGCCAGACUGAAGACCAACCCUGUGAAGGUGCACUUUGCUGAGGAAGUGCUUGUCAGUGGACACAGCCAGGGUAAUUCUCUGCUGUGUAUGCCCAAUGUGCUCAAGCUGUACUUGGAGAAUGGACAGACCAAAGCUUUCAAGUUUGAUACAAACACAACUGUGAAGGACAUCAUCCUCACGGUGAAGGAGAAGCUGUCGAUCCGAAGUAUCGAGUACUUCGCGCUGGCCCUGGAAGAGCAGUACAGUGUCUCGCAGCUGCACCUGCUGCAUGAGGAGGAACUCAUCCAGCAGGUGGUAGAAAGGGAGGAGUCACAUGACUACCGCUGCCUCUUCAGGGUGUGUUUUGUUCCCAAGGACCCCCUGGACCUCCUGAAAGAAGACCCCGUGGCCUUUGAAUACCUCUAUCUGCAGAGCUGCAGCGAUGUGCUCCAGGAGCGCUUUGCUGUAGAAAUGAAAUGCAGUUCUGCACUCCGACUCGCAGCCCUGCAUAUCCAGGAGCGGAUCUAUGCAUGUGCCCAGCCACAGAAGAUCUCUUUGAAGUAUAUAGAGAAAGACUGGGGAAUAGAAAACUUUAUAUCUCCAACUUUACUCCGAAAUAUGAAAGGCAAAGACAUCAAGAAAGCCAUUAGCUUCCACAUGAAGAGGAACCAGAAUUUGCUAGAACCCCGACAGAAGCAACUUAUUUCCGCUGCUCAGCUACGUUUGAAUUAUCUACAGAUCCUCGGGGAACUCAAGACGUAUGGUGGGAAAAUCUUUAAUGCUACUUUAAUGUUACAGGAUAGAGAAUCCUACAUUGCCCUUCUAGUUGGAGCCAAGUAUGGGAUUAGCCAGAUUAUCAACAGCAAACUCAACAUCAUAUCCACACUGGCAGAGUUUGCAAGCAUCAGCCGUGUAGAUCUGACAGAAGAGUCUGAGAAAGUGAGCAUGGUCAAAGUGUAUCUUCAGGAUGUCAAGGUUCUGACUUUGCUGCUGGAAUCUAACAGUGCAAAAGACCUAGCCUGUCUAAUUGCUGGGUACUACAGGCUGUUUGUCGACCCAGUUACCUCCAUUUUCCUCUGGCCUGGAAACAAACAAGUGCACCGGGUAUCUGCCGAAGAAGGCUAUGAAUCCAGGGCUUGCAGCGAUUCAGAGGAGUCCUCUGAAGUGGACUGCAUACUAGAGUCUCUCUCUGACAGACACCUGGUGAAGCUGGGCACCUGCAGACCACCCGUUAAAGAGGAGCAGCCUCCUGGGAAGAGCCCCACACCUGAGGUGGCCAGGAGAGACCCAAGCACGUGUGGGGCCAGCAGCAUUACAGACAGUGCCGAGUCCGAGGCAUCCAACUCGGCCAACACUGAGAGCCGAGGCUCUAGGACCAGCGGCUCAAGUGAGUCCAUGGAUGCCCUGGAAGAAGACGACCUGGAUGCCUGCUCCUCUAGUAGAUCCACCUUCUUCCACUUCGGCUUCCCAGGCCUCCCGGAGAGAACCGACUCUAACAGCCAAGAGGAGAGGAGCAGGAUUGAAACCAGCGGCUUCCUCUGUCUCCUGGAUCUGGCCCAGAGAGCCAACCCUCAGUGCCAGAAGACAGAGUUUUCUGAGAGUCCCGCUCCUGAGACAUUCAGCUGGGGACCAGAACUGAGCACAGUCAGGCUGGACCCCAGGCUGUAUGAAGGCAGCCGGACCGACUACUACAGCCUGUGCUCCAGCCUCUCCCUGGCCAGCCACCUGAGCGAUAGUUCAGAGAGCACAGCGUCCCGGCAGUGGGGAGCCCCACCAGCCUGUGGUCAGCAGGGCUGGCCUGAGGCCCAGCCCAGCUCCACACUGGAAGGCCUGGCCCUGCACCCGCCGCUGGCCUUUGAGGAUGGCAGCUCGGAUGAGGAAUACUAUGACGCAGCUGAUAAGCUCACACCCUCCCCAGACACCCUCUCAGGGCCCAGAGCUGUAUCUGCUGCAGAACUCAAUGCCACGAGCUUUCCGUGUAAGGCCAGUGCUUGCAGCUCUGAGAACAGCCUGAAUCCUGGGCCAGAUGGAAGAGAGCCAAGCAGGAGGCGCGGGGUGAAGAAGUAUGCCAAGACCCUGAGGAAAAGGAGGUCUUUCCUACAGACCGACUACACCUCUCAGGUCUCGUUUCCCCUGGAGCCAUCAGCCUCCCUGGAGAGCAUGGACGAUGUGUGCUACUAUGACAGGGAGCCCUACAUGGCCCUCAGUGCACCCUCCCCAACUGUGUCCUCUCUGCAGGAUGUGCAAGGUGAGCCUGGCCUCCUGGAGACCAAGGCCCUGGGGCUGCUGGCUCCCCUGAGGGAGACCAAGAGCACAAACCCAGCCUCCAGGGUCAUGGAGAUGGAGCCCGAGACCAUGGAAACCAAGUCUGUCAUCGACUCUCGAGUGUCUUCUAUCUCUGCCAUUCGCCUCCGGAUUGACUCUAGCCAUAAAGAGAAUCCUGGAAUUGCCCCUUUGACUACCACUGUUGCGAGUUUCUCAGCAAGCACUCCUCACUGUUCCAACCCAGCUUCAUUUGGCCCAAAUACUGCUCAGGCAGAGCCUUCCCAAAUCUCACCUUCAUUUCAAGAACCAGAUGGCAUUGCCCCCAAAGAACUUGCCACAGAGUGUGAGGACAGCACCUUCUCCCUUUCCAGUGGGAACCCUAACCCAGACAAAGUCUGCCUGGCCAUAAGCCCAGGGCCACACAAUAUCUCUGAAGGAGACACACUAGAGCUGGGAGGAGUCCAGUUGGAAAUGGGAUUGGGAUCUUUUUUUAUAAAUCAUAUGCAAGAAACUGCCUCCAAAUACACAGAGCCUUUGUUGUCUCCUGGAGAUGGGCCUAGAAGUGAUGAGUGUGGAAUAAAUUCAGAAGAGAAGAUGGUUUCUAUGCCUACAAAGGAAAAGCAACAAGGACAACUAUCUUUGGAAAGCGACAGAGAAGUUACAAACAAAAAUGGCACCUCCUUAUUUCUGGAGGAAUCUGGGAAGGAUUCAGGUGACCUCAAGGGUGAAGUGUCAAAUGCUGUUUCCCAGGCUCUUGAUGUUAGUACUCCAGCUAGUGAAAUAAUAACCUCCCUCUCCUUGGAUGUUCCCGGAACAGGGGCUGAGCAGACCUCACCACAUACCCCCAGACACCCUCAAGGACAAAGUGGAGAAACCCCAAGCCAAGGCUUCCAGGGCCAAGAACAAAAACUAUUGGCAGAGUUGGAUUUAGACCCUGAUUUCUUACUUGAGGAGCCGACCAUUUCAUCAGCCUUUCCUCCAGAGGGGGUCAAGGCAGAGCCACUUAACCAUGUGACAGGGGAAAAUAAAGCCCCUAGGGACGCCCCUCAGUGGGUUCCAGGGCCUUCCUUGCCAAAGGCACUACCGUGUACACAAGAGGAGCCUCACUUAGAAGCUUCAGACCAUUGCUCACUUUCAGAAAGCAAAGAUGACAGCUCUAGCAUCUGCCUUCCUACUGAGAAAUCUUUUCUAUGCUUUGCCCCAGAAAGCCAUCCUGAAGUUUCUGCCAGUCUCAGGAUGGCCACAUCUUUGGGUUUUGUGGGCAUGAAUGAGACAGUGGCCCCCAGUAUUGGGAUGGAGCAGUGCAGCUGUCAGUUCUCCUAUGCCACGUGCUUUCGUGGCCUGCAGCCUGAGACAGAGGAAGAAGACAGGGACUCGGAAGCACACCCCGCAGCUCCCCUUACCUCACCGCCCUCUGCAGGAAGCCAGGUGGUUCUGCCCUGGAGGCCUGCCAGAGCCCAUAGCUGCAGCACAGUGCCCCUGCCAAGGAAAAGCCACGUCUGGCCAGAGUACUGCUCCCGAGCUCUGAGAAAGCUGAAAGCCACUCCUGCCAGCCCCCCUGAGGGCUUCAUCCAACUCAUGGAAAGCUUGCUGGAGCUACAAGACAUUUUAGAAGUUUCCUGGGGGGUUGGAAACAAACAUCCCCCAGAGAAGUGCACCUGGCACUUUUCUGAAAGCCGGAGCCGCCUCUGCAUGGGCUCCCAGAAGCUGCUGUCGAGCUGUCAGCACGUUAUCAAAAUAGAUCAGUCCCCUGAAGAGAGGCAGGGGGCUGUGCGUGACACUUUCCAGCACCUGGUCCAGCUGGCCGGCCUGUGCUUUCAGUUCACAGACUGCAGCCGCUGCUCUGCCCGGCACAGGGAAGCAGCCAGGAACCUCAGGGAUGUGGUGUACACCUACCACCAGUUUGUAGAGGCCGCUAAAUUGACCUGCGAGAGAGGCUACCAUGACCUGAGUGUGAAACUCCUGGCCCGUCAGUGCACGGCCCUCACAGCUGCCGUGUUCUGUUUGACCCAGAAGUUCCGGGCAUCCACUGCCCUGUGAGCAGGUCAACUGCCCAUGGGCCCCCUGCCCUGCCCUGCCUCGGACACUUCCCUGAGAAGCCUCUUCCAUUCCCCACCCACCCCUUUCAAAUGUUUACUGUAUAUUCAAAUAAACUGCUGCUUAAACUUG